CAAAACGUGAGGAUUCCGCGGGAAACAAGGCAUUCCCGGUAAAACUUGUGUAGAGGCUAGACGGAGACGCUUCGUAAUGGAUGCCUGUCAUUGUUUUGCGAAUUUUGAUGACAUGGACCCGGCUGGUUCAGAUGAUGAAGUGCCUAUUGAAAGCCCUGAAAACCCUCUCAUCCCACACACACAGAACACUUCGUCGGAGCUUAAUCAGGACGAAAACUCGGACACGUCAACAUUCAGUAUUUCUAUGGACAGUGGUCUUGGCUCACCACCUGGGAACCCACUAGACCCCCAAGCACAGAAGACUCCGAAGGAACUAAAUCAGGACGAUAGCUUGGACAUGUCAACCUUCGGGGACCGCAUCAAGGCAAGUUGUGAUCAGCUGCGUAUACUGCUGCCUUACAUAAAGGGGAGGAAGCUUGAUAUGGCUUCCAUACUAGAGAUGAGUGUGGAAUAUCUCAGCAUGGUCAACAUGUUCAUGCCCAAGGCACUGCAAGAUGAGAUUAUUGACUGUCUGAGCAAGCAGCCUGGUUUGGAGCCCAACAGAUUUACACAGAAACCCAUCAAAUUGGAUCAACAGAGACUGGCUGCUUCCACUUCCUUGGCCAUUAACCCUGACAUGGACAGAGACCCACGUUUGUACCGUGUCAAGUGUGUGAAGCUAGCCAGUGAGGUAAUUGGUGAUGCCCAGGUCCUAGACGAUUCCCACCUGGUGGCCAGUAGGUUUGAACCGACAUUGGCUGGUCAUGCAGAGGAUGGGUUCUCCAGUCUGGCAGAGUAUGGCACACAGAGGUAUCUUCGCUCAUCAACCACAGGGUUUGGAGAAUCGUUUACUGCUGAUCAGAAUCUGGACAGGUUCACGAUGAACAAGCCAACGUACAACUCUGAGGAGACUGUCCACCCUGUCUACUCCAGCCACACUACAGUCAACCAAUACUACCCAAAGUACAUCUCGGCAUCAGACUCUCCAAAGAACACAGAACCUGAGCUUGGCCAGAAACCUACACCGGACAUCAACAAUAACGUGCUCUAG